UUAUCGGCGGAGUGGCCGGUACGGACUCGGGCUUUCGCAGGGCUCGGCCGCGGUGAGAGAACGCGCGAGAGGGUGUGUGUGCUGUAUGAGAGGCUGCGGAGACAGGUCGAUAGAUAGAUAGAUUUAAGGCAAAAAGGGCAAAGAGAGACGAGGACGGAGGAGCGCGUAGAUGCUGAAGAGAUGUUAUUGCCGUACGUGCUGCUCCUGCUGCCCGCGCUAGUCGCAGCGCAGACGGGCUCGCAGGCUACGAAGACGCUGGCCCGGCGCGACGACACCUCCGGGGGUGCUCUGGACUUGAUCGGCGAGAGUUUUCUGGACGUCAUCGACACGUUCCUGCCCGCCUCCAAGUCGCACACCGCGGAAGAGCAUAGGCGAAAGAAAUUCAAGCUAAACAAGUACGUUCUACCGUUGAUCGUCGGUUUCGUGCUGAUCAAAUCGAUUCUGCUGCCCAUCGCGUUGAAGGCGCUGGCUGUCCUGAGCGGAAAAGCGGUCGUGCUGAGUCUGAUGAGUCUGAUACUGGCGGCCAUAGUCGGGCUGAAGAAGGUCGUCCAGAAGGAGAGUCAUCACGAUAACAACAAGUACAGACGACAGGACAUUUUUGAUUUCAUGGAGGAGGCGCAGGAAUUGGAACCCUACAGAUACUACAAGGAGCGCCGUAGAAAGAAGUGAAAGAGGAAUUAGAGGC